CUUUAUAAAGACAACUUACUUUCGGCUAGUGUUCUUUUUAGCAUUCAUCCAACUUUAAUAUGAUUAGUGAAAUGCUUAAUAUUGUUUACAAAUGGUUUAACACUUUAAAUAUCGCGCAAUAUAUCUCCAGUCGGAUUUAAAUAAUCAUUAGAGAUAUCCAAACACGAAAGCGAAAGCAAGUGUAACUGUUUCAUUUCGGGUCAUCGGAGAGUUUCAUAAAUCUUAUUUAGUGCUUGUGCGCGUGGGUGGAGUUUCACCUUCUCCAUAUUCAGAAGCUGGGUGGUUGCUUGAAUCUCCCACUCUUUGCCGUAUAAAGAGUGGCCCUCGGUCUCUUUAAGACAAGACAAAUUAACGACUUGCACAAAUAAUUGGCUGCAUUGCUUCAUUUUUGACAUCACUAAAACAUUUAUGGUGUCCAUUGACGCUCUUCAUGCUUGAGUCGAGGCCAGAGGACCAUGAUGGAGUACUUGAGCGACAAGUUCUCCUUGAAAAGUCAAGCGAUUAAAGGCAGUGAUUACUACAUGGACCAAGUUAUGGAGACUUUAGACAAUGUGCCGUACUACAACAAGACAUCACCGAAAUGCGUCCAAGCCUUCUCGAUGCAGAGCAAUGAGCAACACAGCACGAUGGACAGAUCGUCUCCGUGUGACAACCGAAACAGCGUGAAUUACUGCGCUCCAAAAACGGAGGACAGCAGCCUGCACGCGAUGGAGAACUGCUGCAGUGUCAGAGUCUCUCCGGCCACAACCGGACCAGACAAAACGGAGCUGGACGACAUCGGCGAAAAAUGCGACAGCAACGUGUCGAGCAGCAAGAAGAGACGCCAUCGCACAACCUUUACCAGCGCUCAACUUGAGGAACUCGAGAAAGUCUUCCAGAAAACACAUUACCCAGAUGUGUAUGUGAGAGAACAGCUGGCCAUGAGAACAGAGCUCACGGAGGCAAGAGUUCAGGUAUGGUUCCAGAACAGAAGAGCCAAGUGGAGGAAGAGAGAAAGAUAUGGACAGAUCCAACAGGCCAAAAGCCACUUUGCAGCAACCUAUGACAUAUCAAUGCUGCCCCGGACAGACAGCUACUCACAGAUUCCCAACAACUUAUGGACAGGUCCCGCUCCAGGCAGCUCCGUAGUGUCAUCCUGCAUGAUCCCGCGAGGUUCCCCUCCCUGCGUGACAUCACCCUACCCCAACUCGCCGAGGGCCGCUGAGCACGGUUACGUGGGCUUCCCCAAUCACCAGCAAAAUCAGUUUGGAGUUAAUCACGUGUCUCUCAAUAACUUCUUCGCCGAUUCACUCCUGGCUCCUUCACCGAACAGUCACGCCGCGUUUGAGACCAAACCCGAGUUUGAACGGCGGUCCUCCAGCAUUGCUGUACUGCGCAUGAAGGCUAAAGAACAUGCAGCCAACAUAACUUGGGCCAUGUGAACUCUGAACUUAGUCUAAUAGUCAUGAUCGGAACUGUUUUUGCCUAAUAAUAAUAAUAA